GGUCCCGUGAGGAGCCGCCGCCGCUCCCUCAGCGCGGCUCGGCUCGGCCCGGUCCGGUCCGGUCCGGCACAGCUCGAUUCGAUCCGCUCUCUCAGCCGGGCCCCGCUUCCCUCUGUCCGUUCCCUUAGCUCUUCCCUGUCCCUCAGUCGUUUCCUCAGCCCUUCCUACUCCCUCAGCCCGCUCCCUCAGCCCUUCCCGAUCCCCAGUCCCUCUCCCUCAGCCCAUUUCUUCUCUCUCAACCCCUUCCUGCUCCUCUCAGCCGUUUCCUCUCUGCUCAGCCCUGCCUGCCCCAUCUCGCCAUGAGCUUCCUCUUUGGGAGCCGCUCUUCGAAAACGUUCAAGCCAAAGAAGAACAUUCCGGAAGGAUCCCACCAGUACGAGCUCCUCAAACACGCUGAGGCCACGCUGGGCAGUGGCAACCUGCGGCAGGCCGUGAUGCUGCCCGAGGGAGAGGACCUCAAUGAGUGGAUUGCUGUCAACACUGUGGAUUUCUUCAACCAGAUCAACAUGCUGUACGGGACCAUCACGGAGUUCUGCACUGAGAGCAGCUGCCCUGUCAUGUCUGCUGGGCCCAGGUACGAGUACCACUGGGCCGACGGCACCAACAUCAAGAAGCCCAUCAAGUGCUCGGCGCCCAAGUACAUCGAUUACCUGAUGACAUGGGUGCAGGACCAGCUGGAUGACGAGACCCUCUUCCCUUCCAAGAUCGGUGUCCCCUUCCCCAAGAACUUCAUGUCGGUGGCCAAGACCAUCCUGAAGCGGCUGUUCCGGGUCUAUGCCCACAUCUACCACCAGCACUUCGACUCAGUGAUGAGGCUGCAGGAGGAGGCUCAUCUCAACACCUCCUUCAAGCACUUCAUCUUCUUUGUGCAGGAGUUCAGCUUGAUCGACAGGCGGGAGCUGGCUCCUCUGCACGAGCUGAUUGAGAAGUUGGGCUCCAAGGACAGAUAAAACCCCCUGGGAGGACCCUUCUGGCCGCUCCUUUUCUGCUUCUUUGGCCACCUCCACGCUUGGCUCCAGAGACUGGACAGCACCGAGUGGCCUCAGUGCUGCUGCACAGCCCCCACUGGGCUGGGUGGAGGUGGAGCAGGUUCUGUCCUGCACUGGAUGUUCCAGGUGCUGCCCAGAGCUCCUCUCUGGACUCUCCAGCCCGAGAGCACGCCCGGAGUGGCUCAGCUUAUUUUUGGAAGCGCUUUUUUGUUUGUUUUUUAUAGAAGAGGUGCACUUUGGCCCAGAGCCUUAAGCUCCCCAUGGGGGGUGAGGAGAAGUGCCUGGCCCCAGGGUGAGCUGUCCCUGUCCGUGGGUGGGAGGAGCAGCUCUGGCGUAUCCCACGGGUCUCUCCUGUGUGGCAAAGGCAAUAAUAAUAAUAGUAAUAAUAAAUAACUUUCUCCCUGCUCUUCUUUCA